CAGCGGUCCAUUCGUGCGUGUAAAACCGGAGUACCUCGCCGGGAGGGAGAAAACGUUUUUUCGGUUUAUGUUUGCAGGCUUCUCCCGUCGUAAUUAGCCCUCAUACUGCUGAAAUAACGUUGAAAAGUGGGUAUCGUUGGUACUCCGGGUUUUAUUAACGGCGGUGUGGCGCAACGCUGUAAACGCUGAGCUUAGGAUUUGUCACCUUGACUGCAGCAGCUGACUUAACUGCUACUUGUGUCUGGAGGAGUCGCUAGGCAGUUGCCGAAAGAAAACAGGCAGUUGCUAACAAGUAGUUAGCAAGUCCGCCAGUUAGCCUGUCAGCUAGCCUCCUCUCCCCUCUGCCACAGCAAGUCCCACCCUCACCAAGUGCGUGGACGUCGUAAGAAGCUGCAGCGGUGAAGUCGAGUGCUCUUUCCUCUCAAGUUAGCCAGCAUCGCUCUAUAGCUGGCUGGCAAGAUAAAAUAGCGUCCUAAACGUUAGCUACUUGACGCCAACAUAAAAUUGUUGGCUUUAACGUUGGACAAGUGUGUUCUGUGGAGGGAUACGCCGGUCGCUACACUGGCAAAGAGACUGGCUAAAAAGAAGAGGCGAAAUAAGAGAGAACAAGGAAGACAACGAGAAGGAGGGGACUGGCUAGUUUAGCCGGGGAGACAGAAUCUCAAAUAGAUAGCAAACGCCGCCACUGAGCCACGCACAGCCAUGAGUAUUGAGAUACCCGUGGGGUUGACAGAACUGCUGCAAGGCUACACUGUGGAAGUGCUGCGACAAAGGCCGUCGGACCUGGUGGAUUUUGCAGUACAGUACUUCACCCGUUUGCGGGACACUAGAAGUCAGGAUGGGGCCAGUGCCGGUGGCAAGAUGGGGAAAGGAGUGAUGUUUGAUGGGGAGCCAAUGCAAACAGAGUCUAACGGAGAGGAUGAUGAAGAUGAUGAUUCUGACUUUGAGCCUCCACCGCCCAGCAGAUUCAACAGGAGAGUGUCAGUGUGUGCAGAGGCGUUCAACCCAGACGAGGAUGACGAGGACACAGAGCCCAGAGUGGUACACCCAAAAACAGAUGAACAGCGCUGCAGACUGCAGGAGGCCUGCCGAGACAUCCUACUCUUCAAAACACUAGAUCAGGAGCAGUUUUCAGAGGUGCUGGACGCCAUGUUUGAGUUAAGGGUUCAGCCCCAGGAGCACGUCAUUGACCAGGGAGAUGAUGGAGACAACUUCUACGUCAUAGAGAGGGGUGUGUAUGACAUAGUGGUAACGGGAACAUGCGUGGGUCAGUAUAACAAUAAGGGCAGCUUCGGGGAGCUGGCACUCAUGUACAACACGCCACGUGCCGCCACCAUCAUUGCCACCCAGGAGGGGGCACUAUGGGGACUGGACCGUGCCACUUUUCGUAGGCUCAUCUUGAAGAACAAUGCCAAGAAGAGGAAGAUGUAUGAGUGUUUCAUUGAGUCUGUGCCCUUACUCAAAUCACUGGAGGCAACAGAGAGGAUGAAGAUAGUGGAUGUAUUAGGAGCGAAGCAGUUUUCAGAAGGCGAGCGCAUCAUCACACAGGGUGACAAGGCCGACUGCUUCUAUAUUGUAGAAUCUGGGGAGGUCAAGAUCAUGAUGAAGAGUAAAACGAAGGCGGACCAUGCAGACAACGCGGAGGUGGAGAUAACGCGCUGUAGCAGAGGUCAUUACUUUGGGGAGCUGGCCUUGGUCACCAACAAGCCCCGGGCUGCCUCAGCCUACGCAGUGGGCAGUGUCAAGUGUUUGGUAAUAGACGUGCAGGCGUUUGAGCGCCUCCUGGGCUCCUGUAAGGAGAUCAUGAAGAGGAACAUCGCCCACUAUGAGGAGCAGCUGGUGGCCCUGUUUGGCUCCAGCAUGGACCUGAGAGACUGAGCCUCCCACACCACCCUCCGUGCCUUCUACCACACACACACACACACACACACACACACACACACACACACACACACACACACGCGUCCUCUCUCACAUCAUGCAGUGGCUAUACAGAGUCGUAGUAAGCUUCACACAGGCCGUGCAAACACAAUUGGCUCACUUGCAAGUACAUAAAUGCCCACAAAGUAUGAACACACACUCAUACAUGUACACUGACACCUAUGUAGGCAAUGAGAGAUGCCCACUUCAGUUAGUCUGCUCACCCUCGUGCACAUACUUGCUCAACACACUCCUUGAUAAGCUCACAUUGUAGAUGCACACCCAAACAAACACACAGCUAGCUAGAGGCCACACACCUUGUGGAUUGAGCCAGCUUCAACCUCUCAGUAUGAAUGUCUUUACUGCAGUGACCUUAACACAGGUAACGCAGUGUGAGGACAUAAAAUAUACACAUGCACACUCACACUCCAUACACAUGUUUAAAAACACAUCGUCAUGCUUCAUUUGUGCAGGCUUUGCAUUCACAUGAGCACUUAAACAACUCAAAGUUGUUCCAAAAAGCCUCAGUAAAGGACACAUCACCAUGCAAACAGACACACACACACACACACACACACACAGGGGUACAGAUACUCAAAAACACAUAGGUUACCACACUUGCAAAAACAGACAUAUUGUGGUAAAAUGGAGAUGAAAAACUUUAAAAAUCUCUGAAAAGGAAAAUGAAUGAAAAAUGCAAAAAAAAGCAAGAAAGUUUAAAGACAGAUAAGUUUUAGAAACAUUUUAUGAAGAUAAAAAACAGAAGCUUUGAUAAAAUAUUAUUUAAAUACAAAAAGUGUUUCCUCUUUGGGAGGCCGGGGUGCAGAACUUUGUGGGCGCGCUCCAUUUCUUCCUCUACUGUUGUUGAUUGAGUUGAGUUGAGUUGAGUUAGUGCUGGUGAUUAUUGCAGUACCACAGAAGAAGCAGUGAAAACAAUAACAACCCUACGUUUUCUGGGCCAUUGUUAUUCUAUCAUUGACGCCACACUUCAUUGUAUUGAAUUAAUUAUUAAUGUAUUGUUAUUAUAUAUUCAUUUAUUAUUUUUUGUUUUACUUUGACCAGUUCUGAUAAAAUUCACCAUCCAUCUCUGACAAAAUGUAAAAACAGACAAAAAAAUUCUAAUAAAAACAGUAGUGCUUAUUUCUCCUUGAUUAUCCUUGAAUGAGUUGUCCUGGAUUAAAAAAGAAAAAAAUAAAGCAAACAUUUUGU